AUGCACAACUCUUCUGCGAGCUUGUUCUUCUCUAUAACCAAAUCCAUCACCCUCCCAAGUAAGGCUCUCCUCUCAGUUUCUUGGAACUCGAGUUCUGAAGCUCCGGAUCCGAUUCGGACCUUCCAACGGGUCGAGAACCACUUGCUGGUUCAAGUUCGGAAAGAACGCGUUGAUGCUGAGAAUGCUGGAAUCUAUGGAAGCCAGUCACGGGAUGAUUUCGACAAAGACGACAUUGAACAGUGUGUCAACUACAUGGGGAUGCUUGCGUUUGAAGGCACAUACGAUAAAAUGGAGGCUCUUUUCAACCAAAACAUUCAUCCCGUAGAUAUCAUGUUAUUGUUAGCAGCCUCAGAAGGAGACAAGCCUAAGAUCGAGGAGCUUCUCAGAUCCGGCGCUGACUACACGGUUAAGGACGCUGGUGGAAGAACCGCUCUUGACCGAGCCAGCAACGAUGAGAUCCGUGAUUUGAUUCUUGGAUCCCUCACUCAAAAGGCUUGA